AACACCCAUAGGCCAGGGCACAAUUGUACAAGGCCCAAACUUGUCCUAUUCACCUUGAACUAGCCUUUCCAUCUCCUUUGAUUCUGUAUUUGACCUUCUCUUCCAUUUUAUUGGGGUUCUACCAGUAGAUUUUCCAACAUCAAAGUAAGAAAAUGGCGGGGACAAUUGCUAAAGGCUUGAUAUUGCCUAAGCCAGUUACUUUUGUCACUGGAAACCCAAAAAAAUUGGAGGAAUUUAAAGCCAUUUUUGGCCAAUCUAUCCCGUUUCAGUCCCUCAAACUUGACUUACCCGAAUUGCAAGGGGAGCCUGAAGAUAUUUCUAAGGAAAAAGCUCGUUUGGCUGCUACUCAAGUUAAUGGACCUGUUCUUGUUGAAGAUACUUGUCUAUGCUUCAAUGCUCUUAAAGGGCUUCCUGGGCCAUACAUAAAAUGGUUUCUUGAGAAGAUCGGUCAUGAAGGUUUAAAUAAUCUAUUGAUGGCGUAUGAAGAUAAAUCAGCAUAUGCCAUGUGUGUUUUUUCUCUUUCCCUCGGACCAAGUGCAGACCCAGUCACUUUUGUUGGUAAAACUAUGGGUAAAAUAGUUCCAGCAAGAGGGCCAAACGACUUUGGCUGGGAUCCGAUCUUUCAGCCUGAUGGAUAUCAGCAGACUUAUGCAGAAAUGUCGAAGGAAGAAAAAAACAAGAUUUCUCACCGGUACAAAGCUCUUGCCCUGGUUAAAUCGCAUUUCAUCAAGGCUGAAUACACUUUUCAGUCAGGCUUUUAAAAGAAAUGUGUCGUGUUAUUUCUUAGGGAAGUUAUAGUACAUCCAACUCUUUUGUGGUCGGGGUAGUACUGAUGCAUCUUAUUUGACCAUGUACUUGUAUUAAUUUUUUACAAAAUUUGAUCUCCAUAUACGAAAUUUGAUCUCCAUAUA